AUGUUAGAACCGACACGGCAGUUCUGGUCAAGUCUGCGUUACGACAUUAGAGAAGCUUCGUUCUGGUGGGAGGGAUGGGGAGGGACUGUCAACGUUACUGAACUUCAGUGGGCGAUCGGCCAGCCAGAUCUCUCCUCCAAGUACGAGUGUGUCACCCUGACUCUUGCGGGAGAUGUCGCUGUGUAUGAAAUGUCAAGCUGUUCAAACUUCUCGACCGUGCUUUGUGAAGGAGACGAACUACCACAACCUGCAUCCGAGAAAAGCAGUUUCAGGAGUUUUUCAAAAGGAAACAGACAGAAUGGAUUUUGUGAACCUAAUCAGACAGGCACUCCAGUGUGCACCUUCUACCACAGCCUAGAGGAGGAGGUCCAACUCCUGGAAAUGUGCCGAGUUGACGUGGAGGAAGACUGCUUACUCAUGUGUCUGGGGAUGUCUCAGUGUGUCCACGUUGUCCACAUCAGGAGCUCCACCCACCCCGGAACAUGUCUCAUCCACGGGAAACUAAUCCCAUAAGACCAUAGUGUUCCGAUCUCACCAUGUGUUAAAUCUGCUGCACGCAUGGCAUCCCUAGCUUGCAGUCAUUAAAGCAUCGCGUGAAACAUGUGAAAUACGUAACAACCGUUCUUAAUGUUAAUGUAAUUGUAGUGUUGAUUAUACUUCCUUUUAUUUCACACGUGAUAUAAACUUUCAACUUCUGUAUUAUUUGUAAAUCCACGUGUCUUAAUCUGCAUCUUCUCUAGCUUUCUACAAGAACAUACCCAACACACAGUUACCUCCACCUUUCAUACUAUAGAGGAAGGUUUCAUGUCAAGGAUUCAUGUCAAGGAUGUAGUUUUCAACAUAUUUGCUAUUGGGGGCUUUGUUAUUAAUGAGCUUAUUAUUCAUUGUUUAUUUAUUUGUAUUGUUUAUUAAAUUGGAUUUUUUUCCUUUGGAGCGUUGUUUUACGUCAAUGAGUAACUUCGUCAUUGUCAGUUCAUCACACUAGACACGGUUGUGUACAUUGAAAUGACUUGAAGGCAAGCUAAUACGUCGAUUUUGAGAUGAAUGGGAAAAAAACAACUUUGUAAUAUCAUCUUAACCUAUGUUAAUUACGACUCGCCAUGCCAUCUGAUUACUGUAUUUACUAGUAAAGUUACAUGUUCCAGAGAGUUUAUUCAUCGUGAAAAUACUGGG